GUCUCAAGAAGACACUAUAAGCUGGCAAGCUAGACUUUUUAAAGAUGAUCCUGUUGGUAAGCCGCGCGCUUUGCGGGCAGCGCCUGCCCUUGCAGCACCUGGGCAUUGGCAUCCGAUCUCGUGCACGUGCGUCUCGUGUGUUCGCAACUGUAGCGGAGGAACCCAUCAAAUACCCGAUUCCGCCUUUCACGGAGGAAACGGCCCUGCAGAAGACCAGGGCCGCCCAGGAUGCAUGGAAUACUAGAGAUCACAACAAAGUGCCGCUGUCGUACACUCCAGACUGCGAGUGGCACGUGAGUGAGAAGUUCUUCUCGGGGCGCGAAGCGAUCACCGCAUUCCUGAAAGCCAAGUGGGAGGAAGAGCUGGACUACAGGCUUGUCAAGGAGCUGUGGGCCUACAAUGGCAACCGUAUUGCUGUGCGGUUCGAAUACGAAUACCAUGAUGCGGAUGGCAAGUGGUUCCGCGCACACGGCAAUGAGAACUGGGAGUUCAACGAGCGCGGGCUGAUGCAAAUUAGGGAUGCCUGCAUCAACAAGGUGCCCAUUGAGCAAUCUGUGCGCCGGCUCAAGGGCUGGGAGGUGCAUGACGAUAAGUGAUGUCAGCAGCACACGCCAUGCAGCCAUCGUAUUUCACCCGCACCUUCCAUGCUCGGUGCAAGGAAGGUGCACCUUGCUGGCUGCAUCUUCACAGCCGGAAGAAUGUGGGCGCAUAAUCGUUUCAGCAUUACUCUUUUGAUGUUAAUGCUGCAAGUGCCGCAUGCAGCAGCUUAUGAUGUGGAACUGAAACAGACAAUUUCCUGAGCACUGCCUCCUGGGAGCAUUGCAGCAGGGGAUGGGAUGAGCAGGGGUUAUUCAAAGGCUAAAUGAGUUUUCAGUACCCCCUGGAAUGCGUCAGUUACUCGGAUAUUGUACUGCUCGCUGGCCUUUGCUCCCAGCAGUAAGUCACUUUUCAGGGUGAUCUCAUUGUUGCUGUUAGUCCUGUGUCAUUGGUGGCAACUCACUGUCAAUGCCAUGGAGACCAAGUGUCUCUACCCUGGCGAUGUCAGUCGAUGCUAUGCUUACAUUGAUACUGUCUGCAUGUCAGAACUGCCUAAUUUUCCAAAUUCGACGGCCUGCUGAGCAAAGCGGGGAUCAAUAUUUGGCCUUACAUGUGGUCAGCUGAGUUUUUAUGCUGUCUAUGAUAGGUUCCUUUUGCGUUCUGCUUGCUGGCUUAUCGCGUGCUUGAUGCAUGUACUUCCAGAUCCGUCAAUUUCAGAUGUGUAACCGCCAAGUAUUUUC